UCGCGUGUGCCGGGAGCGGCUCCGCCGGGCUCGGGAUCGGGAUGGGGAGCGCGGCCGCGCCGCUGCGGGUGCUGGUGGACAUGGACGGGGUCCUGGCCGAUUUCGAGGGCGCGGUGCUGCGGGAAUUCCGCUCCCGCUUCCCGGCGGAGCCGCGCGUGGAGCUGGAGGAGCGCAGGGGGUUCUCGGUGCGGGAGCAGUACCGCAGCCUGCGGGAGGACCUGGCGGCCAAGGUAGCCAGUGUCUAUGAGUCGCCUGGCUUCUUCCUAGACUUGGAUCCAAUUCCAGGAGCCCUGGAAGCUAUGCAGGAGAUGCUCCACAUGCAGGACACUGAAGUCUUCCUUUGCAUGAGCCCUCUCCGGAAAUACGAGCACUGCAUUGUGGAAAAGUAUAAGUGGGUAGAGAAACACUUGGGACCGGAGUUUGUGGAGCGGAUUAUUCUGACCCGAGACAAGACUGUGGUGGCUGCUGACUUGCUGUUUGAUGACAAGGACACUAUCCAAGGUGCAGAGCUGAACCCGAGAUGGGAGCACAUCCUGUUCACCUGCUGCCACAACAGGCACGUCCAGCUGCCGGCCCCGCGCCGGCGCCUGCACUCCUGGGCUGACAACUGGAAGGCCAUCCUGGAAAGCAAGCGCAGGCAGUAGUGCAGGAAGGGGAUGUUGCACUCUUCCCACGGCCAGGGAACAACCAGCCUAUCCCCUGCCAUGCCCAGGAGGCACUGUCACUGCAGGGAUCAGCCACAGUAAGAAAUGAGCUGCUCCUCAGUGCUCUGGGUUUCUGGAAGGUUGCUCUGCACUCAGUUAUCCCUGUAGCAUUUUGGAUGUUUGCUGUUAAGAGAAAAGAAACAAUCAACUACAAGCAGCUGUGGUUGGGUUUUUGUG